AUGGCGGCCCCAGUACCACCGCCAAAGAUCGUCGUCGGCCAGCGCUACAAGGCGACCGCCGCAUACGCUCCCGUCCACAGCGACGAGGUGCGGCUGGCGCUCGGGCACGUCAUCACCGUUCUGCAUUCUUAUGACGAUGGGUGGGUGCUUGGGAAGAACGAGACGACUAUGGGGACAGGUUUACUACCAGGCAACUUCCUAGCGUCACUCGAUGCACCGGACGUCCUCAAGGCAGAGCAGAAAGUAGCGGACAAACGGAAGUCUUCCAUGCAACCCUUCACCAACACAAGCGGCAAUGGCGCCGCGAGUAGGCAAGGGUCCGUCAAGAGGGAAAGAAACGCGCUGAAUGGAAGCCCACCUCUAUCGCCACCGAUAGAUACACAAGAGCCGGAGGUCACAUCCAGGUUUACUGCUCCGGAUUUUCCCAGCGGACGGCCAGCAGGUCCCGUUGAGCCACCAUCGACUGCCACCCUCAAUGGGACUGAUAAGGAGGAGGCUAGCAGGAAGUUGAAAGAGGUGCUGAACAAGAAGAAUCCGCGAUUCAAAGUGCCAGCAAACAUUGGCAGCUUGAGAAUCAUGAUUGUUGGAGAUUCCGGAAUUGGAAAGACAGCAUUGAUCCAAGCUUUCUUCAAAACUUCCGAAAUUGUCGAAACCGCGUCUCCCAAAGACGUAGAAUCCUUCCCAGGCCUGUCCAUCGUCCAAAGCAUGGCAUCGACGAUCCCGGCAAACCAGCUCCACAUCGGGGAGGACCAUCUCAACAUCACCUUCUUCGAACCUCCUGGAUUCGGUGCCCAUACCGACGCGAUGAGGGUCAUCCGUCCCACCGCAGAGUUCAACACGCUCCAGUUCCAAAAGACGGAUCGCGUAUUUGUCAGGGACAAAGCCAUUCCCACCGACACGAUACUCCGUUUCCUCAACUCCGGGAAUGGCGCACACACCCACAUCGACGUUUGCAUCUACGCUGUCCUACACAGGCUGAAGGCUGUCGAUUUGGAGUACAUGAGGCAGUUGGCCCCAGGCGUAGUACUGGUGCCCGUCAUCCUGAAAUCCGAUACCAUGAAACCGGAGGAAGUUAUGGCCCUCAAAGUGUCUAUACUAGAAGAGACUCGGCGGGCCGGGAUCGAUCUGUAUGGAUUCGGCCUGCAGCACCAGGAUCUGCUGCAGAUUGCUACGGCGGGCGUGCAGGGAGCGAUUCCGUUCGCAGUGAGCGUAGUGGACGAUAAACCGAAAGACAGUGUGAACGAGUUUGAACAGUUGAAGGAGCACGUCUUUUAUCGGGCGCAAGAGCUGCGUCAGCAGACGGCAGAGAACUUUGUUAACUGGCGUGCAACGAACAUUCAGUAG